AUGACCGCUAUCUUCGGUCUCGCUACCGCUCAGAGCAGCACUACUUCUAGUGUUGCUCCAGGCACCUCAGCUUGCGCUGCUCAGAACGUCCUGGACCUCUGCGUUUCCCAGCAGUCGGCAAAGAACUCGCAGUGUGGCCCCAAUGACUACGACUGUCUCUGCAGUGGCUACACUGACCUCGUCGUCUGCUACAAACAAUGCCCUAACGAUCCCAACGCCUUCUCCGCCUCUCAGUAUAAGGUGCAGUACUGCCAGGCUGCCAGCCAGUAA